UUUGUCAUUAGCGGAUAGAAGAGGGAAGGUGCGCAACGAACGAAGGGUGUCUUGUCUGUGUUUUUGUGUGUUGUGUGUGGGUUUUUUUUUCCUUCUCCGUACCAGCCACAGCCAACCAGCUGCAAAAUUGCCACAUUAGCAAAACAGUUGGUGUGAAAACUUUCGCCCGACCGACUCGACUCGACGGCCGCGGACCUUCAUUUCUUUCCCUGCGCGCAGGCAAGUUCCGAUGCACCACCACCACCGUCACCGAGCCGAGGGAUACUGCUAGCAAAGAACCAGAAGCCGUUUUAUAAUCUGUCCAGUUCGAAACAGUCCAGUGUACGAGGAGGCAUAGACGCGGUUGGCCUGGAAGUGUUUUUGACGUUGAUGUCGUGUUAGUUUGCAAACGGUUGAACGAAUUUCAAAGUAACUAAGCAAAGGCGCAGCAAAAAUGGCAGACGAAUUCGAUGCGUGUGAAUGCUUCUGGAGCCAUGAGCUCGCUAUGAGACGGUUGAUGUCGCUGCUCCGUCAAGGACAGUCGUACUGCAACGAUAACGAAUGCACCGAUCUUCCCAGUCUCCCGAAUGUAACCGGUGGCGCAAACUUUUUCCUAAUCGUCAUGGCACUGAUUUUUAUGGCCGUUAUGUACGUCCUGAGACCCUCGUCCAUGCGACGAACGAACGAUCUGAACAAGUCGCUGCCGCCUCCAUCGAACGAUGGUCCGAAUAAUGAUGGUGGUGCACCACCGUCGAUAUCCUGAAGGGAGCGCACGUUCAGCGGCCAACGAAAAGCACAACCCCGAACCUGAGCAUUUGCUGCCUUGUUCCAUCCCCCUCUCCUCCCGAAAAAAAAACACUGCGCGGUGGAGGCUGGAGGUGUAUGUGCGGUUCCGGACGAAUGUCGCAUCGCAUUUCCCGCUCUCCGCUUCUCUUCUAGACAAUUAUUCAACACAUGGAAAGCGCACGUUCGGGGGCACGUUCCUUUUUUAUCGCAAAAAAAAACACAAACGACAACCCGUGCGCACACACACCCCUCCCGGAAGCGUUUCAAUGCGAAUCUGUAUUCUUUCUUCCAAUACAUCACUAAUAUAGUUCAAAUGUAACGUUUUGGUUGCACCUGCCCUCUUCUUUGUUCAACCACCGGCCAAAAGCCGUGGUAAGCAAUUCAAAGUAAAUUCCUUCUCUCCAACCCACCCCAACACCCCACAUCGCUUCGCCCCGGUCUCCUAGAGGCUGUGCGUGAGUAGAUAAUGCAUAAUGUGAUUACUUUUUUUCUACUUGUCGUCUUAUAUGUCAUAGCCCUGUAUUGUCAACCGUUAUUGUGCGUGCAAAUAUUGUUUUGUUGUUUUCUUUUUUUCAUUAACUUUUGUUUUAUCCCGGAUUAAGCUGCAAUAAAAUGAAUUGUACAAUUCAAACUGCUACUGUGCAACACAUCUCCCUGCUGCCUCGUAUUAACCGUACUGUGAGCACGAUUGUUGGGGGCAGUUUGGGUACAUAUAGGACUAGUGGCACAAACACAAGGAUACAUGUUUUCUCCGGCGCUGCACCGGUGGUGCGGUGCGUUCCUAGGCACUAAUGAAAGAGUAGCUACUAUUGAUGGAUUGAUUGAUGUUUUGAGUGUAUUUACAUGAUGCUAGAUGCAUGAGUAGUAUAAUUGUACCAACAGUUUUCUUCCUCCCCAAAGCGCGUACAUUGAGCCACAGACACACAAGCAAGCUCAUUCUAGACAGGAUAGUUAAUGCCCAAUUGGUACAAAAGACACGCGAGGGUAGCUGGAUAGCCAGGUCCAGCCUGCGAUAAAUGUUCUGUCUCAAAAUGGGAAAUAAAAUUCAAAAUCUUAAUCACAA